AUGGCAGCACCAAGAGGACAGUACUUCAUACAAGAGAAACUGGGCGAAAAGGCGGCGCAUCAUGAGAGCUACGCGCAGCUGUGGGAGACGAAGUGGAAAAAGCCUGCUGAAAUGGGCGUAUACCCCUUCAUGUUCGGCACCGCGAAGGACUUCCUCCCCAUCGUAGACGAAAUGACAAAGCGCGACAUGAAAGAGCCGUAUAACUGGGACGAGUACGCCAAAGUAUACUUUCCGCAGGCGGAGAGGUUGAAGAGCGUGGCGCAGGAGGCGGAGAGCAAGGGGGAGGUGGAGAAGGCGAGCGAGUACUACAUGCGGAGCAGCGCGGUGUAUAGGAUCUCGAGGUUCCCGGCGCCGAGGAGCGAGGUUCAACGGGAGGCAUGGAGACUGGGGAAGGAGUGUGCGUUGAAGGGGCUGAGCCUGCGACCGCAUCCAGUGGAAGAAGUCCUCAUUCCACAUACCCACCGCUUACCCCAUGAGGGCGAGCACAUCCCCGUCUACCACAUGCUCCCCUCGACGGCCACAAAGGACACCCCCGGCCCCUGCGUCAUCAUCUUCACCGGCCUCGACGGCUACCGCACUGAGCUCGCCGUCUGGAUGGAAGGCUGGCGCCAAAACGGCGUCGCAACCAUCGUCCUCGAGAUCCCCGGCACAGGCGACUGUCCCGCCGCGCCCUCGGACCGCACAUCGCCGGACAGGCUGUACACCUCGCUAUUCGACUGGGUCGGCCAACAGGCAGGCAUCGACCAGAAGAAAGUCGGCAUCUGGGCGUUCAGCACAGGCGGAUACUACGCCAUCCGCGUCGCGCACACGCACGCCGACAAGCUCGCCGGCGUGGUAGCCCUCGGUGGAGGAUGCCACCACAUGUUCGACCGCGAGUGGCUAGACGCCGUAAACCAUCUCGAGUACCCGUUCGACCUGGCCAACACUCUAGCGUACAAAUGGGGCUACGGCGACGACGUCUCGCGCUUCAAAGCCGAAGCAUCAGACAAAUUCUCGCUGCUCAACGACGGGACGCUUGACCGGCCAAACUGCGCGCGCUUACUGCUUGUCAACGGGACAGAAGACGAGAUCUUCCCGAUCGACGAUUAUUACCUCGCGCUGCAGCACGGGGCGCCGAAGGAGGCGCGAUUCGUGCAGGGUGUCAAACACAUGGGCGAGCCGAUGAGCUUCUUUAUCAUCUUCAAUUGGUUUUACAAGCUGUUUGGCAUUGAGGCGGAUCCGGUGAAGCAGCUGCAGACUUUGCCGUUUAAGCCGAAGUAUUAG